UCUUGGUUUUUUUUUUUCUUUCUUAUUCACUUCAGUGUGGAAUGUUAUAGUCUCCUUGAAAAACGUUUUCUCAUGGAAGAUCUAAUGCAAAGAUGCAGUGUGUGUGUUCUUGUUAACUUGGGUGGCUUCUGCAUUUUAAUUUUUGCUAAACUUGAUGUUUCUUCCAAGACCUGUAGAAAACAAUCCACGUAGAUGUACUGCUUUUACAGUGAUGAGGUUAAGCUGUACUGGUGAGAAUUAAGCAUAGAUGAUAUAUACUAGUCCUGGUGAGGAUUAAGAGUGACCUUUCCCCUGCAGCCUUACAUUUCAGGGGGGAGCAGUUUCCCUGGUUUGAUCUACCACAUGUCCGCAAAAACAUUUGUUGUAGUUGCAGUGAGCGAAGGGGGUGCUGUUUAUUUCAGGUGUGAGCUGGUGCUAAUUCAAAAUGCCCACUAACCUGUGACACCGUUUCCACAAAAGCACUGUACAGAUAGCUGUCAUUUCUAUAUAUUCGUGCAGGCUGCCUGGCAGCAAAAUGAUGUUUAUUCCCAUGGAGGCCACUUGCACGCAAUAGAAAAUGGUGUAAGCAAUUUAGUAAUCAAACCUAGUGUGACUACCCUGUUAAAAACCUGAGGGGAGAGUAAUACUUUUUUUUUUUUUUAAUUAAAACUAGAUACUUAAAAGCACAAGCAGAUAAUGUCCUCAUUUAUUUUCUUCACACUCAAGUCUUCUGAGAAAAGUUUUUUUCCUGCUCCUCUUUUAAGUUUGGAAUGAAUGUACUUCUAAUUAAAUUUUGAACUGCUCUGGGUAGAAAGGGAGUUUGAAUACAGUGGUCUUAUGAAUAUGACAUCUUAAAGCCUAAGAAACUGGGGAGUCAUUGAAUUAGUAAUUAUUUCUUUUAAGUAGGAAUUUGAGACUCUUAAAGCUUAUAUUCCGUAUUUUUUCCACCUUCAACAUUUUUAUUGCUAAUGUAGUUAAAAGUUGGAGGAAAUAAAAGGAAGAGUGUAAAAUGUAUUGCCUGCUCUUUGUUCUUGUGAGCUGGAAGAUUGAAUGUUUGUGUGUGAUCCAAGAGAAACAGCCUGCCAACCACUGCCACGUUUUCAUCUAUUGGUAAACAUCAGCUGCUGGUUGGUCUUGAGGGAGGAAGACUGAAUUAGUUCCAGAUGGAGAACUCUUUCAGCCCACUUAAGACUUUCCAGUUGAUUUAAGAGAGCAGGCAGAAAAAAAUGGAAUAGACCACAUGAAGAAGCAUGUGAAGCGUAUUUUUAUGCAAGAUGUUAUUUGGAGGACCAAGUACACUUUUUCAGGCCAUGGGAGAUGAAAGACUAAUCACAUGAUAUUUUUGUUCCAUCGAAGUGCUGUUCUGUGCUAAGUCAAUGUUGGUUUGUAUUAAGGACAAAGAUUAAUUUCUUAAUGUCAGCAUGUUGACUGUGACAAGCGCUCAGACGCCGGAGGAACCUAAUCCUCCCCCCCUUGAAGAAAAGCCAAAGCCAAAAUCACUAUUUCAUUUGGGUUCGCUCUUUGCGAACAGGAGUGAAAAAUUUGUAAUUGCUAGGAGUGAUAGUGUCCCAGAGGAGAACGUUCUGAAAAUAACUAUCACGGAGACUACAGUCAUUGAGUCGGACUUGGGCAUCUGGAAUUCUCAUGCUCUCAUCUACCUCACUUUGUGGUUUUUCUUCAGCUUUUGCACUCUUUUUCUUAACAAAUACAUUCUUUCAUUACUGGAAGGAGAGCCCAGCAUGCUAGGUGCUGUUCAAAUGCUUUCAACCACCUUCAUUGGCUGUAUAAAAAUGUUUGUUCCAUGCUGCUUGUAUCAACACAAAACACGCAUCUCUUAUCCACCCAAUUUCAUCAUGAUAAUGCUGUUUGUUGGAUUAAUGAGAUUUGCCACAGUAGUCUUGGGUCUUGUGAGCUUGAAAAAUGUGGCAGUUUCAUUUGCAGAAACUGUUAAAAGCUCUGCACCUAUUUUUACUGUUAUCAUGUCUCGGAUGAUAUUAGGAGAAUACACUGGAUUGCUGGUUAAUCUCUCUCUCAUUCCUGUUAUGGGUGGGCUAGCUCUAUGUACAGCUACUGAAAUCAGCUUCAACAUUCUGGGUUUCUCGGCAGCUUUAUCUACUAACAUCAUGGACUGUUUGCAAAAUGUCUUUUCCAAAAAACUACUCAGUGGAGAUAAAUACAGAUUUUCAGCCCCAGAGCUUCAGUUCUACACAAGUGCUGCUGCAGUAGUUAUGCUUAUUCCAGCUUGGAUAUUUUUCAUGGAUGUUCCUGUGAUUGGGAAAAGUGGGAGGAGCUUCAGCUACAACCAAGAUGUUGUGGUACUUCUCUUAAUAGAUGGAGUCUUGUUCCACUUACAAAGUGUGACAGCCUAUGCCUUGAUGGGAAAAAUUUCUCCUGUGACUUUCAGUGUUGCUAGUACCGUGAAGCAUGCGCUGUCAAUCUGGCUAAGUAUUAUUGUGUUUGGUAACAAAAUCACGAGUCUCUCGGCCAUUGGGACUGUUCUAGUGACAAUUGGAGUUCUUCUAUAUAACAAGGCAAAGCAGCAUCAGCAAGAGACUAUACACAGCCUAGCAGCUGCCGCCCCGCAGUCCGCCGAAAGUACAACUGAAGAUACUGAGCCACUAGUUCCCAAGGAUUUGGAACCGUAUGAUUAACAUGGCCAUUUAUUCUUCCAGCCUCAUGUAACUCAAAGGAACUCUUCCUGAAAGUGGUUGUUUCUUCAACUGUUGAUGCUGAUUUGGUUCCUUUGAGUUCAUGGCAGGUCAAGCCUGAGACUUGAAGCAGAGAGAAAACAACAGGAAGAAUCCAGUAACCCUUGAUUUAAUGAGAAACUGAUGUACCAGAGGACCUAGUGUCAUACAAUGUGGUAAACGUGGGCUUUAUUGUCUUUCCUUGACUGCAAAUAACAUACAAGUGUAUACUAGAGAAGGACCUUCAGUGUCUCAUGGGAAAACGGUUUUUCUCCCUACCCAUCAAACUAAUGUGAAUACCGUGACGGGUCCAUGAUUUCUGCUUGCUUGCAGUGGAAUGAAAUUGGUGCGUAACUGAAAUUCCUAAUUGUUUGUUACUCUGCGCUGCCGGCGUCCUCCAUCGUUUGUGUGCGUUGUAGAGCUGGACGAAGGAACCCCCUCCUUCCCCAACAAAUUACUUACUUUGGUAUAUGGUUAGUUGAAGUGAACUGUGGAAAUGAGUCCGUGCCCCAAAGCAGCAAUGAGCAGCUAUUUCUGACUACAAAGCUAGGAAUGAAAAGUGAUGUUUUCUACUGAAUUUUAACAUGGAAAUACCGCAUCCUGGUUGUGUAUUGACAAUAUUGAAAUGCAAGUAUACACACGCAGACAUACACUGUAUCAAUGGAGUGUUGAAUUAAAUAUUUGCAGUUGCUUAGAGGUAAAAAAAACACUGAAAGAUUUUGGUGAGAAAGGAAGCAGGUUCUCUAUAUUUCUAUAAGAAACCAUUUUAAUAUUUUAAUUUCUUGCAUUUUAUGAUAUAUUUCUGUUACAAGAAAUAAAUCGGGUUUUUUAAUUAUU